AAUCCACGGUGGGACAGAAACAGGGACCCGGGAGGGCCAAACUGGACUGGUAUCAAUUUUUUUUUGGGGAGCGUGGGAGGAAUCUAAUUGCAAAAAUCUUUCCGGUCGUGCACUGACUUUGAUCAGUGCAUUGUGAAAGCUGACUGGGUUAACAGAGCCACAGAGGCGCGUACUCUAUUACACAUGACUGUUGCAGACUUGUGUGUAAAAGUUAACUUCAGUUUUUUUCCCCAAAACAAAAAUCGCGGGUUUUUUUUCGUAAAAAAACGCCCUGAGAAGAUUGAUAUUGUUGCAAUAUUGUGGUUAUGUAUAUGAAUGAUGUCCAAAAGGAAAGGUCGGGCUUACAGAAGAAGGAGGCGGAGAGAUUGCGUGAGCCGGGAGUGCCAGGGAACACACGCGGUGGAGGCUGGAGCCAACAUCAGUCAUGAACCAGAUUUUGUGCAGCUGAGGAAGUGGCUUAAAAAGAAGGGCUUUGAUGGCUUCUACUUGGUGCCAGCAGAUUUUCCAGGUAUCGGCAGAGGAUUAAUGACCAGAAAAGCACUUGAGCCGGGAGAUCUUGUUAUUGCAUUACCUGAGGAAUGUCUGCUCACUACCAGCACUAUCCUAAGGGGUUAUUUGGGUGAAUACAUUAAGAGGUGGAAGCCUUGUUUGUCUCCCCUCCAAGCCUUGUGUACUUUUCUCAUUACUGAGAGACAUUUUGGGAGCCGGUCUCCAUGGAAGCCCUACAUUGAUGUGUUACCGGAGACGUACAUAUGCCCAGUUUACUUAACAGAGGAAGUAAUUGAGCUGUUUCCCAGCUAUCUGGUUAGGAGGAUUCAGGAGCAAAAGAGAGUGGUUCAGGAGCUAUACCUUGCUUCAAAAUGCUUCUUCGGCUCCCUGCAGCCCUUAUUCUCGGAGCUUGUAGAGAAUGUUUUUACUUACAACGCCUUCCGCUGGGCUUGGUGCAGUAUCAACACCAGGACGGUUUAUAUGGAACAUGAGCAGAGUGAGUUUUUGUCCCGAGAACCAGAUAUCUAUGCCUUGGCACCGUACUUGGAUCUCCUGAAUCACAGUCCAUCUGUUCAGAUAACAGCUGCUUUCAACCAGAAAACCAAACAUUAUGAAAUUCGAACAGUGACAAAGUGCAGGCGAUAUGAGCAGGUGUUCAUCUGCUAUGGGCCGCAUGGCAACCAGCGGCUCCUACUGGAAUAUGGAUUUCUCACAAAGAGUAAUCCACACAAUGUUGUUUAUGUCAGUAAAGAACUCCUUUGUAAUCAUGUUUCUGAAAAGUACGAACUGGUGGACAGAAAGCUGCAGUUUCUACAGGAUGAGGGCCUCCUGGAAAAUCUGACAUUUGGAUUCGAUGGACCAUGUUGGAGACUUCUAACAGUUCUUAAGGUCUUCUGCCUCAGAGUAGAGGAAUAUCCACAGAGGAAGAAGAUCUUGCUUGGCCUGUCUAUCACUGAUGAUAAUGAGUUGGGCAGUUUAAAGCUUGCGGAAAAUGUCUGUUUCCACCUAAUCAAUGAAAACCAGGGGGCAUUGCAAAAAAUUUCCAAACUAUUGAAUGAAUUUGUUGAGAUUUCAGACCAUCUGGAGCUGGUGGUGAAGCUACGAGGAGAAGAACUAAAGAUACUGCAAGCUUCAGCUGAAGUAUUACAAAAUAUGAGAGUUACUCCUCCCAGAUGAUGAUCAGAAAGUGGAUCAUUGGCAAUACUCCCUGUUGCUUGACUGCACUCGGUGAUGAGACCUGCACAGCUGUUAGGCCCUGGAAAGACCACAUUGAUUAUUUAAUGAUUUAUUGUGAAUAUGUCUUUUUUUUCCCAAAGAAACUACAAUAUAUGGUGAUUCUGCUGUAAUUCAUGAAAAACGGGAAAGAUGAUCAGUGUGAACUCCCUACACUACAAUGGAAAAUCAAAGGGAAAUGUUGCACAAUGAUCUAGUACAGUAAUUCCUUAGAUACAAUUUGAUCUUGUGGUUUGAUUACAUUGGAACCCCUCCAGUGAAAUAGUGCCUUGCCUCUGGAAUAUAAGGAGUGACACAUCCAGUUUUGUAUGUAUUGCUAGCUUCUCAACAAUGAAACUGCUGUUGCUUUAAGUGGCUAUUUUUCUGAUAUUGAACAAAACUUAGCUAUAUAAUGAAUCAGAACAUGUGUAUUGUACAUUUUGUAGUUUAAACCUAUUA